AUGUCUGCGCAGCUGGAGGACGUGGACCAGAGCCUGGCCAAGCUGGAGGCGGUCGCCAUCCAGCUGGACGCGUACUCCAAACAGCUGGAGUCGCGAUUCCGAGCCGUCAGCGGCCGGUGCCAUGGCAAGGCCAGUGGGUCACCUUGCAGGCGGCCAGAUGACACCAGCACGCCGGAGCUGACUGACUCGCCCAGGCGGGGCGCCAGCAACAUAUCAACCAGCACGAGCAGCUUCGAAGCGGGUGUCCAGCACGACCCGAAUCUCAACCGACUGGCGAUCAACAUGUUUACCAAGACGGAGCAGUACCUGCAGGGCGAGCUAGAUUCCGUCACGGGCGAGUACCAGCUGCUGACUGAGAUGAACCGACGCACUCAUGCCAAGUACGAGGAGAUGAAGGCAUGUGGGCCAGGAGACUCAUUCCGCUAUCGAGCAACUCAACACCAAGUAUACCGAGCUCGAGCCAUACCUCAGGUAAGCAGAAAAACGCUGGCGGGACUGGAGGACGCUCAGGGGAGCUGGAGAACGCCGCCGGGACUGAGAACGCUCAGAGGGGUGGGAGAAUGCUACCGAGACUGACAAACGCUCAAGUGAGCUGGAGAACGCCGCCGGGACUGACGAACGCUCAGGGCAGUGGGAGAACGCCGCCGGAACUGACAAACGCUCAGGGGAGUAGGAGAACGCCGCCGGGACUGACGAACGU